GGCUCCUAAACGAAUAAACGAAAAAUAAUAAAACAAAGAUGGCAGGCAUCGUGCGUGCCGGGCCUGGCGCCGAAAGAGUAUUACAAAAAUUAAGAAAAUCAAUCGAAGAUGGAAAUUACUAUGAGGCCCAUCAAAUGUAUCGGACGCUGUAUUUCAGGUACAUGGGCCAAGAAAAAUACGAAAGUCUACUCAAACUCUUGUAUGACGGCUCAGUGUUAUUGUUUCAACAUCAACAACAUUCAAGUGGAGCAGAUUUGGCUAAGCUCUAUGUGGAAGUGUUGCAAAAAGCAAAAAUGAAUGUCAGAAAGGAUAUCAUCAAUAACUUGGCUGACAUGAUGUCAAAAAUACCUGCAGCUGCACCAGAAAGACAAGCUUUUCUUAUGUCAGCACUAAGCUGGUCCCAGAGUGAAAAUCCAGAAUCCAAGAAAUUUGAAGGACAUCCCCAGCUUCAUCAAAUGGUUGCAAAUAUUUAUUGGAGAGAAACCAACUAUCAUAUGGCUAGAUAUCACUUCAUCAGAUCAGAUGAUAUGCAAAAUUUGGGGUCCAUGUUAGUUGAAAUCCAAGUUGAUGUUGGUUAUCCAUCUGAAAUUGAUCUAUUUGUAACACAGGCAGUUCUGCAAAUUCUUUGUAUAAGGAACCUUUCUUUUGCAAAUUCUCUUUUUGAUAAUUACUUGGAGUGUCACCCUCUACUGGAAAAUGAGCCACCUUUCAAGUAUCCCUUGCUUAACUUCACAUGGAUGUUGUUGCUUACUAUCCAAAGUACUAAGAUAUCAUCCUAUGCAAUACUUUGUGAGUAUUACCAACCGAGCCUUAAACGCGAUCCUUCCUACAAAGAUUAUCUCGACAGAAUCGGACAGAUUUAUUUUGGGUUGCCUCCUCCCAGAGGGAUGCCCAACCAAGGGAUGUUUGGAAAUCUUAUUCAGUCACUGAUAGGAAGUUUGGAUGACUCUGAUUCUGAAGAUAAUACUGCAAGGUCAAAUCUUCAUGCUUCAGACCUGGAUUGAGGUUCUAUGUUGUUAUUACAAUGUCAAGUGUUGUUGGAUAUUUGAGGGAUAAUAAUUACAGAAUAUGUAAUGUUUA